GGGAUGGGGCAAAAGGGAGCCUGCCGCGGCCCAUGGACAGCCCCGGUACAUCAGCCGGGCUGCCGAGAUGGGCACCACUGAGCUGGGCACCACUGAGCCGGGCACCACGGACGUCGUCACCGCACCCGACUAUGAGAACGUCUUUGUCAGCCCCUGCAGUGCCCCCGCCGCGCGGGGCUGGUCGCCGGGAUGGCAGGAGGAGCGCUACAGCCCCCAGGUGCCAGUGGACGAUGACUAUUUCCUGGAGAGCGAGGGGGACCAACCCAUCUAUGCCAACACGCAGAGCCCCAGCGAGGACAACCUCUACAUCGUCCCUGACCGGCCGUGAGGGCUGGGGGCCGGGGGGGCUGCUGGGGGUGCAGCUCUGCUCCCCACCUUCUUGUCUCCCUAGGACUUUCCCUGGUGACUCCCGCACUGAGGACAGGGAUGAGUUCUCCCCAUGGAUGUGAGCUCCACUGGUCCCCCCCAUUGUUGGGACAGGGACAGGCAUGGUCCCCAUCGUGCCAGGGACACCUUUCUCGAGAGGGGUUAUUUUUAAUGCCCCACCCCCCCCGCCCCCCUCCUUUGCCUCUGUUCCCACCACAAGGCGAGGACAGAGGGCUGGAGCUUCCUCCCGGGGCUGGUGGCCACCAACCGCAGGGACGCCUUAGCACAGCAUCCGCCAGCAGGCAACGCGCUGGAGCCUUCCCAGCUGGGGACACGUGUGGCGGCCCCCCUGGGCUGUCUUUCAGAGUGGGGGGCCGUGAGGUGACCGCAGCACAGGGUUCCUCUUCCCCUUUCAGCUGCCGAUGGAGCGUGUCAGGGUGCACAUGUUGCUGGGGACGUGCUGGCCGCUGGGGACAUCCGGACCCUGGGACUGACGCCCUGCCUGCACCUCUCCUCCUGCAGCUAAACCUCUCAGUUUGGGGAGCAGAGCAAGAACUUCCUAAAGCACUCUUUAUAGUGCUCCUGACAAAGUCUCCAAGCCUGGCACUGUCAGAUUGUGCACCCCAAGGGGACUGGCAGCUUGGGGACAUAGGGACCCCACAGCUUCUCUGGAUGCCCCUCCAGCUCUGCGUGGGUCCCCUGAGCUCCAGCCCUUGUGAUGCUCCAUUAAAAUAUGGUUUAAUUGCCUUAA